CGAUGCCACACUCAACAUGGCGCACUCAGCGUAGCGUGCUUUACGUGCUGACGUCAGGCUGUGUUUUGACGUUCAGUGUCACUGACUGCGCCGUCAACCCAAGGGGCAGAAAAGGGAAAUCAGGACAAGGAUUGUCACACCUAGCACAGACUAAUCUUCAUCAUGGCAUUGAGGAGCGCUGUGUGCCGUCUCUUGGUGAACCCUCAGAGAUAUGCCAUCAUCUCAGCUUCCAGAGCACAAGGAACUGCAGCACCUGCCAGGCAAGAUGCCGAGAAGACUGAGCAGAAGUAUAAAGCACCUAAGGUCCAGUUCAGCUGGCAAGAUGCCCUGAACCUGGAGGGCCAGCUGACGGAGGACGAGAUCAUGAUCCGAGACUCCUUCCGGAUCUACUGCCAAGAGAAACUCAUGCCUCGCAUCAUUAUGGCAAACAGAAAUGAAGUGUUUCACAGAGAAAUUGUGUCAGAGAUGGGAGAGAUGGGUGUCCUGGGCCCAACCAUUAAAGGUUAUGGCUGCGCUGGAACGAGCUACGUGGCCUACGGUUUGAUCGCCAGAGAAGUAGAGAGAGUGGACAGCGGCUAUCGCUCAGUCAUGAGUGUGCAGUCAUCACUGGUCAUGCACCCAAUUAAUGCCUAUGGCACAGAGGAGCAGAAACAGAAGUACCUCCCCAAGCUGGCUCGUGGAGAGCUCCUGGGUUGCUUUGGCUUAACAGAGCCCAACCAUGGUAGUGACCCCAGCAGCAUGGAAACCAAAGCCAAAUACAAUCCAUCCAGUCGCACCUACACUCUCACUGGCUCAAAGACCUGGAUCACUAACUCCCCUGUGGCGGAUGUAGCUGUAGUCUGGGCCAAAUGUGAUGAUGGGAAGAUCCGCGGCUUCAUCUUGGAGCGUGGCAUGAAGGGCCUCUCAACACCUAAGAUUGAAGGGAAGUUCUCCCUGAGAGCCUCCGCCACUGGUAUGAUCCUCAUGGACGAGGUGGAGGUCCCUGAGGAGAACCUGCUGCCUAAAGUGUCCGGCCUCGGGGGUCCCUUUGGCUGCUUGAACAACGCUCGUUACGGCAUCGCAUGGGGAGCUCUGGGUGCUGCAGAGUUCUGUUUCCAUGCAGCUCGACAGUACACGCUCGACAGAAUCCAGUUUGGCGUGCCACUGGCAAGGAAUCAGCUAAUGCAGAAGAAAAUGGCGGACAUGUUGACAGAGAUCACCAUCGGCCUACAGUCCUGUCUGCAGCUGGGAAGACUCAUCGAUGAGAAAAAAGCGGCCCCAGAGAUGAUAUCCAUGCUGAAGAGGAACAGCUGCGGUAAAGCCCUCGACAUCGCCAGGCAGGCCAGAGACAUGCUGGGAGGAAACGGCAUCUCAGAUGAGUAUCACAUCAUCCGCCACGUCAUGAACCUGGAGGCUGUCAACACAUAUGAAGGUACCCAUGACAUCCACGCCCUGAUCCUGGGCAGAGCCAUCACGGGCCUGCAGUCCUUCACUGUGGGCAAAUAGAUCCCACCUCUUGCUGCUGCUCCCAACCAACAGGAAUCUGCUGUCAGAAAUGUAACUCGCAUGUUGACUCCACAGCGGUUUUUACACUCUUGAUGAUUUCUCAAAUGAAUUGUGGCGAUGUUUGUUUUUCUCUCAUGUUUGUAGAAUAUAUAUUUCAGUGCUUUAUUUUGAGGGCAAGAACAAGUUGUAAGUCUGUCAAUGAAAGUCAAUUUUUCAAAUUAUAAAGGGCUAUUUUUCUACUCUCAGACUAUAGCAGAGAUUUUGUUCCAGCUCCCCAUUUCUUAGUUGUAUAGAAAAUUCAUUGUAUAGACUUUCACGGACAACCCCGUACUAGUAUUAACACUUCUGAAUGAAGUCAAGAUCUAGAUUUGCUGCUGGUUACUGAUGUAUGAAACAUUAAUACUGUAAUUAUAACAAACAAAGCAUGAAUAGCCACAACUUGUUUGGAAUAAUGCUACAGUCCCUGUAUAACUGGUGUAAGAGAUCAGGUACUAUUGUAAGACACACCAUGGUGAUUACUUCUAGGACUGUACUGGCUCUGUCACUAAGGUGUCAUAUCUUUGCAUGGUUUGCCAGAGGUCAAGGAUGCUGAUAAGAGCUUUAAUAAAUAAAAUAAAAAUAAGUAUUCCAAAUGUCUAAA